AUCAUUCAAUAAACCUUUUCUUCACUUCCAUGCCAUUGAAGGAAGCUCGAGUCAAACUAUUCAGGCCGCGUCGAUUAAGGUUUUAAGAUUAAUAAUGGAUCUAAGUGCACUAAAUCCUGGACAGAUUACUGUGCUGGGAUCUGCGUUUUGUGUUAUGCUUUCCAUGCAUUUCACAACGCAGUUACUUUCUCAGCAUCUCUUCUAUUGGAAGAACCCAAAAGAGCAAAAGGCUAUUCUCAUUAUCAUCCUUAUGGCUCCUCUCUAUGCACUUGUCUCCUUUGUGGGUCUGUUGGAUAUUAGAGGAAGCAAGGAGUUUUUCACCUUUUUGGAGUCUGUUAAAGAAUGUUAUGAAGCUCUCGUCAUUGCCAAGUUUUUGGCUUUGAUGUAUAGUUACUUGAACAUAUCUAUUAGUAGAAACAUUGUACCCGAUGAAAUUAAAGGCAGGGAAAUUCACCACUCUUUUCCAAUGACACUCUUUCAGCCUCAUACUGUUCGGCUGAACCACCAUACUCUGAAGCUUCUAAAAUAUUGGACAUGGCAGUUUGUUGUCAUCCGCCCAGUGUGUUCCAUUUUGAUGAUUAUAUUACAGCUACUUGGACUGUAUCCAACUUGGUUGAGCUGGAUAUUCACUGCCAUUCUCAACAUUUCUGUGUCGUUGGCCUUGUAUUCUCUGGUGGUCUUUUACCAUGUGUUUGCAAAAGAACUGGCACCACACAAACCUCUAGCGAAGUUCCUAUGCAUCAAAGGAAUUGUUUUCUUCUGCUUUUGGCAGGGAAUGUUGCUGGACUUCUUAGCAGCAAUGGGCAUCCUUCAAUCUCGUCAUUUGAAGUUAGAUGUGGAGCAUAUUGAGGAAGCGAUGCAGAAUAUUUUGGUAUGUCUAGAGAUGGUUAUCUUUUCUGUUCUUCAACAGUAUGCUUAUCAUGCUGCACCAUAUAGUGGGCAAGUUGAGCAAAUGCUUAAACAAAACAAGAAAAAUGAGUGAUAUGGUAUGGUCAAAGAAAGAGAGUCAGUUGUAGGGAUGUAUGUGAGAGUUCUUUUUUAGAAACAUGAAAACAUUGAUGCCAAUUUUCUUUAUAUAAAGAAUAUUAUUCGUACUGUAUAAGGUCCCAUCCAUAACCUCUUAGAAGAUUUCGUCUUCUUUCUUGCUGUAAUUUUCCUGCCCUACUAAAGGAUUUAUUUCAUCACUUGCUAUCUACUAUCUAGCGGAUGGCAAUUUGCUUAUGAUAAUUAUUGUUGUGAUUACUGUGUUAGAUACUUGAAUUAGAAAAUAGAGAAGGGGAAAGAAAAAUAUAUUUCUUUGAU